UUUGCACAUAUUUUAAUAUGUCACCUUUGCCUACUUCUGUAAAUACUCUUUGUUUAUAUGGAAAUUUUUUGAGUAGGAGUUUUAAGAGUGUAGCUUCAAUUCAAAAUUAUAUUAGUGGUGUCAAGACUUUACAUUUGUUAUUAGGAUUUGAGUUUCCAACGGAAGAUUGGUUUUCCAUAAAAUUAUUGUUUAGAGGGUUGUCUCGUCAAAAUCAUCAUAUGCCUCGCAGAGCUCUGCCUAUUACUCCACAGAUUCUUUUGAAAAUGUGUGAAUUUUUAGAUAUGUCUAAUCCGUCAGAUGUCACUAUCUGGUGCUGUUUUUUGUUUGCCUUUUUUCUUAUGGUUAGAAAGUCUAAUUUAGUUCCAACUUCGGCAAAGAAUUUUGAUCCACACAAACAAUUAUGCAGAAAUAACGUUAUUGUUUUUAGUGAUUAUUUGUUGGUUAAAAUGGAAUGGUCAAAAACCAUUCAAUUUGGUAAUAGGAAACUGGAGUUACCAUUGGUUAAGAUAAAAGGGUCUCCACUUUGUCCGUACAACGCGUACAAUCGUAUGUGCACUCUUAUACCAGCCGAUGGUGAAAAACCCGCUUUUUUAAUUCCACAAUCUAAAGGAUUUAAAAUUUUAUGUUAUUCUUAUUUUCAGAAAAGACUACGGGACAUUUUAGAAAAGUGUGGUUUAAAUUCUUCCAAAUUUUCCUCUCAUUCUUUUCGGAGAGGAGGGGCUACAUGGGCUUUUCACAGUAAAGUUCCUUCCGAGUUGAUACAAUUUCACGGGGAUUGGCGUAGUGACGCAUAUAAAGUUUAUUUAGAAUUUGAUUUACAUGACAAAUUGUCUAUUUCACGAGCUAUGGCUGAUGAGAUUCUGAAUUAA